AUGGCGGCGGGGGCGGCCGUGCGGUGCCUGCGGGGCGCCCGGAGCCUCCUGCCCGCGGGCGCCCGGCGGGAGUGCUGCGAGUUGGCCAGGCUGGCGGGGCCCGUGUUCCUCUCCCAGCUGCUGGGGUUCCUGAUCAGCGUGGUCAGCUCCAUCUUCUGUGGCCACCUGGGGAAAGCUGAGCUGGAUGCCGUGUCACUGGCUGUGUCCGUUAUCAACGUGACAGGCAUCUCCAUCGGGUCUGGUUUAGCCUCAGCAUGUGACACCCUGAUGACUCAGACGUAUGGCAGCAAGAACCUGAAGCAGGUGGGCACCAUCCUGCAGCGGGGCACCCUCAUCCUGCUGCUGUGCUGCUUCCCUUGCUGGGCACUCUUCAUCAACACCGAGCAAAUCCUCCUGCUCAUCCGACAGGACCCCGAGGUCUCCAGGUUAACUCAGGUCUACGUGAUGAUCUUUAUUCCAGCACUUCCUGCGGCGUUUCUGUACCAGCUGCUGACAAGAUAUUUACUAAGUCAGGCGAUCAUUCUGCCUCUGGUGUUGACCGGGAUUGCAGCCAACAUCCUCAACGUGGCCAUGAACGCCUUCUUCCUCUAUGCACUGAAGCUGGGCAUGGUGGGCUCUGCUUGGGCUAAUACUGUUUCUCAGUACACCCAGGCCAUCCUCCUCUUCCUUUACAUGUGGUGGAAGAAGAUCCAUGUGAAGACCUGGGGAGGUUGGAGCAGGGACUGCCUCCUGGACUGGGGCUCCUUCACCUCGCUGGCAGUGCCCGGCAUGAUCAUGAUGUGCAUUGAGUGGUGGACCUUUGAGAUUGGGAGCUUCUUGGCUGGGCUGCUCAGUGUGGUGGAGCUGGGUGCACAGUCCAUCAUCUACGAGCUCGUCUGUGCUGCCUACACGGUGCCUCUGGGCAUCAGCGUGGCUGCGAGUGUCAGGGUGGGCAAUGCCUUGGGAUCGGGGGAUGUGGUGCAAGCCAAGACCUCCUGCAUCACUGCACUGCUGUGCACAGGAGUUAUUGCUGUGCUGGUUGCAACCUUACUGGGAAGCCUAAGAGGCGUGGUGGGAUACAUCUUCACCAAUGACAAGGAGGUCGUUAACUUGGUGUCCAAAGUGAUGCUCAUUUUUGGUCCGUUCCACUUGUUUGAUGCGACAGCAGGGACCUGCGGGGGAGUGCUGCGGGGCACCGGGAAGCAGAAGCUGGGUGCCAUCGCCAACGCCGUCGGAUAUUACACCGUGGGCCUGCCCAUCGGCCUCUCACUGAUGUUUGCAGCCAAGAUGGGGGUCUUGGGUCUGUGGGUUGGGAUGAUCAUUUGCAUCUCUGUGCAAGCCCUUUCCUUCUUGGCUUUUGUCAUCCGCAUGGAUUGGAAGAAAGCUGCAGAGGAGGCUCAAGUCCGAGCUGGAACAAAAGUACAACUGGAAGAUGUGAACUCCAGUGGCACAGCUGCUAACAAAACAUCUGCUGUGGAUUACACCUCUGUUGACACGGACACCAUGGACACCGUGGCCCUGCCUGAAAACAUCGUGGUGGGCCAGAGGCAACCUGACCACGAGCUCAUCACACAGGAGGAGCCCGUUGUUGUUGUUGUCCCUGCUCCUGGUGCCAUGACGUGGAGGGCCCUGAUCCUCCGCCGUGUCCUGGCUGCUGCUGCUGCUGUGGCUGUCCUGCUGGUGGGCAUCCUGGUCCGGCUCCUGACUGGCAAUGGCUAGAGCCAGUGACACUGGGGAGUGUGCACAGAGCAGGAGGGCACGUGGUGAUGUCCCAGGAGGAUGGUGCGGGGAAGGAAUUCCCCUUCGCUUCUUUACAAAAAGUACCUUUGCUCAGUUUCUGGUUAACUCACAAUGUUUUGUCCCACAGUCAGAGUUCUUAGAGGGGGUGAAGAUGUGGCACUUGGGAAAAAAAGUGCUUGAGAGCUGGUUCCUCUCCUGUGUUGCACUGGGAUGUCACUCGUGAUAGGCAGGAGCGUAUCCUGGGGCUGACCCUGGGAGGAGACAGGGUCCUUUUGCUGCUGUCCUGCCCCCUGAGGGCAUUUGUCCAUAUCAUUUGCUAAUGGCAGGGGCUCCUGCUGCCCACAGCACAUUUCCUGGCCUGUGCCAGCAUCUUGCCGUGGCAGAGCCCACUUGCAGCUGCUGUGGCAGCGCAGGGCAAGGUGGAUUCAGCUGGAAGAUGUCUGGCUGCCAUUUGGGUGCUGGCUGCUGGCCCCUGGCCCUGCUCCCCCUGUGGCGGGGCAGGCACAGGGCCUAAAGCAACUCUUCUUUGCACUUUCGUAAGGUGGGAUUUUGAUACAAUAAAGUUUUCUGAGUAAAUGUUGGGCUGUUUAA